AUGGUCCCCCUAUCAUUUACCCUUCGAGCAGCUCUGCUCACCCUCUCCACCGUCGCCCUUCCCACCCUCUCCCUCCCAGCCCCCAUUGCCCAACGAGACGUAGCCCUGCAUCGCUCCUCCCUAGACAGCACCUGGGACGACACCGACAGCUGGGAAUCCCACGCAGGAUGGUUCUCCUACAACGAAGACGAAGACGAUGACGACGAUGAAGGGGACGAGUGGUGGGAAGUAAACAGCUGGGGGGAGGAGGAGGAGGAGGACGACGACAGCUACGAUUACAGCUGCGAAGAAUACACCAACUACGACGAGGACUGGGACGAAGACGAAAACGACGAGGGGUGUGAAUGGGACGAGAACGACGAAAGCGACUGGGAAAAUGACGACGAUGACGACGACGAUCCCACCUGGGAGGAUUACUACUUCACUAAUCUAGUAAUCCACUCCCCCCAUCAAACCCUUUACUCCGGAAUCGGCACAGUCUACACCCAAGACGGCCGCGUCGGCUCCUGCGGCACCUCCCACGACGACUCCGCCUUCGUCGUCGCCCUCGGAAAUGACUGGAUGCACCACCGGUACCAGGCCUCCGAGUGCGGCCGCCAGAUCCAAGUCACCAACAAGGGGUCGCGUCACCACGUCGGCGGCGAGGGUAACACCAUCACCGUCACCGUCCAGGACACCUGCGCCAGCUGCGACGCCGGCCACGUCGACUUUAGCCAUGCCGCGUGGGACGCGCUGACAGACGGGAGCCCGCCCGGGCAGGUUGAUCUUGAGUGGACUUGGCUGUAAGAGUAAAUGUAGAACAUAAAAAAGAGGAGGACUGCGCUUACUGCUAUGGAUUUUGUAUAAACGCAUAUGAGCUGAACAUAGAGUAGAUUCUGUGCUUGCCGCUGUUAUUUGUUCCAAGCACGCUAAAAAGCAAUGCAUUUACAUUCCUGUCGACCAUCAAAAUCACCAAAAGAAAAGGCAAGCGGUUCUAUUCCAUUUGAUGCCUGUCGUCUAUCAAUGGCCAUAACCUCCCCCUCUUUGUCCAUGUGUAUAACCCAGUGCCCUUCACCAACGAUGUAACCAUGGGAAAAAACAUCCCCUUCCCCAACGCCAAUAACUCCCAAAAGAAAAAGCAAGCGUCAACCAUCCCGCCAAAGACUUGUCGAAAAAAAAAGGGUAUCUCGCUCUAUCCACCCAUCAAUAUCCUCCGCUGUAUACCACACUGGCCCCCAAUCGAAUCUACCACAGUGAGUCAAAAGAAUAAAAAAGACAUCACUGCCAAUCCAAACUCCCCGCCUGCCACCCCAUCUUCUCAUUCCUCCUCGAGGCCGUCUCUCUGCUCUCCUCCUUGGCCAUGCUGGCCUUGAUAAUCAUGCACUGCUGGCACCGCUGCGCCUUGUUCGACUUGCCCGUCCGCCCGACGUCCACCGCGCCGCAGUACUUGUGUGUGAUCUCGUCGUCCCAGUUCUGCGGUUUUUGCCCCGCCACCUUGGCCUUGGAGUCGUAGGAUUUGCCCAUUUUGUUCUGUUUCGAUCCCGCGGAAAGAGGGAGGGAGGGGGUUCUUUGUUGAGAUAGGGGUUGCUAUGGUGGUGGCCCCAGUAAGGAAGGCGGGUUUGGGGCUCGCUGGGCUGUUGGGGAAAGGAUGAUAUUCGAGGAAGUCGCAGGUAGAACGAUGAUGAUGUUUUCUUCCAGUCCACCGAGGUAUGUAAAUAGUCUGUGUGAGAUCGUGUAGGUGUUGCUGUGAAAGCGUGGU